CUGAUAUGAUGCUGCACAGCAGACACACAACAUAUAUCAAGGAGGUGCUGGAGACCAGUGCUACAGGGACUAAGGAGGACAAGGUCAUCUGCAUACAUAAUAUGGUUCACCAAGCCCAGUGGGGAGUUCGCAUGUGCCGAGAGCAAAGACCGCGAGGACACUUUUACAGACGCUCUCGUUUCCCCUCCCGAGGCCCAGCAAGGUCACCAAGAUGAACGGCACCCUGCCGAAUGCCACCGUGAAGUGUGUGCGGGACACCAGUGUGAUGGCGGUGGUGUUCCCCUGCCUGUACAGCGUCCUCUUUCUCGUGGCCUUGGUGCUGAACUCCCUGGCUGCGUGGGUCUUCUUCAACAUCCCCAGUGCCUCGACGUUUGUGGUGUACCUAAAAAACGUGGUGGUUGCAGACCUGCUGAUGACUCUGACCAUUCCCGUGAAGGUGCUGAGCGACGCGGGGGUGGGCUCCUGGCGUCUGCGUGCCUUCUACUGCCGAUACUCCGCCGUCCUCUUCUACAUCACCAUGUACAUCAGCAUCCUCUUGCUGGGCCUCAUCAGCCUCGACCGCUAUCUCAAAAUUGUCCGGCCGUUCGGGAAGUGUGCGCUGCAGCAGGUCAGGGUCGGUCAGAUCCUGAGCGCCUCCGUCUGGGUGGUGAUGUUGUCUCUGGCGCUGCCCAAUGUUAUUCUGAGCGACCAGACUCCGCAGCCGUCCGGAGGCAAACUAAGGUGCACCUCGCUGAAGAGCAACGCGGGCCUGCUGUGGCACGAGGGCUUUAACUACUUCUGCCAGGUGGUGUUCUGGGGCACGCUGGCUCUGAUGUUCGUGUGCUACACCUUCAUCAGCAGGAAGGUGUACGAGUCAUACCGAGCCUCCAAGUCCAGCUCCAACGCGGCGAGCCGCAGGACCAAGGCCAAGGUGUUUGUCGUGGUGGGGGUGUUCUUCGUCUGCUUUGCCCCCUUCCACUUCGCCCGCGUUCCCUACACCCUCACCCAAACCCGGAACACGGCGAACCAGUGCCGGGCGCAGAACGCGCUCUACGUCGCCAAGGAGACCACCCUGUGGCUGUCCGCCACCAACGUGUGCCUGGACCCGCUCAUAUACGUCUUCCUCUGCAAGGUUUUCAGACGACGACUGACAGCCGCGCUGAGCCGCAAGCCCCUCCCCCGCGGUACCCUGGAGUCCCCCACGGCCACCUCCACUCAGCAGGAGAUGUCCCACAUGGUCUGCGCCGAGCCGAUGCCGCGCAAUGGCGCCUGUUAGCGGCCCGCUGGACGAGGGGCGGGGUUUCAUACAGCUCUCAGCUUUCAGCGUCUGCACCUGCACCGGGGCGGCCAUUUUGCACCUUGUAUAUAGUGUCCUAGCGAACUCGGGGGGGGGGGCAGUCUGGGAGACCGUCGCCGCAGCCGGGACGCGAACCCGUGUCUCCCGCUCCGCAAGCGACAGCGUUAACCAGUCGACUAAAGGGUCCGACCCGUUAGUCGAGGACCAGCGUGUCUACUUAUCCAUGCACGUUACAGUAUUUUAUCUUGAUGGAAGAUUGUUAUUUGUGAACGAUUGAAAGCUAACAGGGCGGGGCGUCCGGGUGGCGUGGCGGUCUAUUCCGUUGCCUACCAACACGGGGAUCGCCGGUUCGAAUCCCCGUGUCCCUACAGACACAAUUGGCCGUGUCAUGCCGGAAGCCGGAUGUGGGUGUGUCUCCUGGUCGCUGCACUAGCGCCUCCUGUGGUCGGUGGGGGCGCCUGUUCAGGGGGGGAGGGGGAUAGCGUGGUCCUUCCUGGUGAAACUCCUCACUGUCAGGUGAAAAGAAGCGGCUGGUGACUCCACAUGUAUGGGAGGAGGCGUGUGGUAGUCUGCAGCCCUCCCCGGAUCGGCAGGGGGGUGGGGGGGGCAGCGGCAGCAGUAUUUCUGAGACAGUAUGCGAGGCAGCACUGAUGUCUGCCGAGUCAUGCAGCGCACUCGCCCCAUCCUGCCUGCUAUCUCCCCUCGUUUCCUCGGCUCUAAUCUUGGCCACCCCGGGCGAGACAGUCGAGUGGAAUGGGAAGCAGCUUGGCGGAGCUCGUUCUCUCCUGAUUACCGCGGAGGAACAAUGCGAGGCAGCACUUCACGAUAACGUUCACAGAGAGCACAAGGCCGCCGCAGUGGACCAUCUUUAUAGCUCCGGUGUUUAUAUGUUUAGAUAGCUAGACGCAGGGUUUCUCAACCCCGUCCUCAAGGACCCCCCUAUCCUGCAGGUUUUCAUUGUAACCCUGCAUAGGUGGCCCUGCUUGUACUUACUCGACCGAUCAUCUCGCAGCACUUAAUUAUGCAAGGUGUGCAAUAUCUGACACAAUUCAUUGCUGAUUGGUUGAACAACUACAAACAGGUACCUAUUCAGGGUUGCAAAGAAAAUAUGCAGGCUAGG